UCAGGUUGCCGCGGGUGACUCAGAUUUAUUUUCCUACAGCUUAAAAGGGAGGUGAGAAAAAUCUCAGACUGUGUGAAGCCCCUAAAUUGCCUCCUCGUCCUCUGCCUUCCCCCUUCUGGUGCUGAGAAAAAAAGAAGAGAAAAGCAUCGCCGGGUCUCUCCGCUGCCCCUGCAAUGGAGGAUUACACACAGCUCCCGCUGGAUAGCGCAGAUGUUGGCCUCAGAGCUCAGCCUGAUCGCCUUCAUCUUGCUGCUGGUCAUGGUCUUCUCCAAGAAUUGGCUGUACCUCUCGAAGUGUCGGUUCUAUCAGCGCUGGCCCACGAAUGUUACUACCAGAAUCUACACGACGGCUCACAUCAUGUCCAUGGGGCUCCUGCAGAUCUGCAAAUCCAAGAGCUGUUCCAACUCAGAAGAAUGGGAAAGACAGUUUUAAGCUGUGGACAAACCACCCAGCUUUUGGGGUGGCCAGGAUAACCUUCUGCCUGGCCUUGGGGCUGGGCCUCGUCUUCACCGUUUGGUUGCACCUGCCAUACAUACCUGGUUUUCAGCGAUUGCCCUUCUUUGGCUGGAUUGGGACAGUCGUGAACUUCUGUGAAGUUUUCUUGAUUUUCUUCACCCUCAUACUGUUCCCUAUUAACGUCUGGCUCUUCGAGUUGAAGAAGAAUUUAUCAAUCCCCAUUGGCUGGAGUUAUUUCAUUGGCUGGCUGGUGUUUUUCCUAUACGUCACCUGUGCGGCCCUCUGCUACUUCAACCAUAAAAGGUUCUGGAGUCUGAUUCUGAGCCAUCCCUCUGGCACCGUGUCCUCCAGCAGCAACUGCAGGCCCAUACAAGACUCUCUGAAUGGGCAGACUGUCUCAAACGCCACUGUCAACCAGGCGGAAGUCCUGGAUCCUGAGUGAAGGACGCAUCUCGGUGACGUUUUCUGAACUC